UUCGCAAAUCACACUACAAGACGAACAAACUAAGAUGCUGAGCUUUUUGUAAAGAUGUACUCUACCUGGGGGCUUUAGGAAACUUUAAUCAGAACAAACUGCGAUAAACAAGAAGACCAGGCGGCCCGUAUCGUGCACGAGGAACGAGGAGCCGCAUCAAUCAAGCUUCCUUUCUUCACACUGAUUGGACUCGACGCGUUUCGUGAGGCAUCGCUGCAUUCCGUCGAUCUAUCGAACAGUCACUCGGACACUACUUUCCAAUACAAACCUAUUCUUAAAACAAGGCUCUCCUGUCCCGAGUUCAACAUUUAUCAAUAUCUCUGACGCCUGUGGGACCGUCAGAAAUCCUGCUGGUUAACCUCACUCUUCAACAUGACCAACACCUCUUGCCAAGGGUAGUUGAAGGCAAUGGCACAUUGUUGUCCUAAACUCUAUGAACUGGAUAUUUUCCUCUCCCACCUUAAGUAAGAGCUGAAGACAAUUUUCUGUAGUCAAGAUGCAAAUGCUUUCAGCUGUUUUGCUUCUGUUCUGUUUGCACAAGUUUUGCUGGAAGGUUACAUGCAGAAGAGUACAUAUUCCAGACGUGGGGCUUGUGGACUGGGGAGAAGCUGAUAACGAGGAGAACCCCUCCCCCAAAGGUGCCAGCCCUCGCGUCCUCAACCCCCUGCGCCUCUUUGCCCGGGGAUCCCCUGGGUUCAAGAGCAACCUGAGGGAAAUAACAUUUUUGGAAAACCUAGAGGACUCCUGGGACUGGUUAUCUAACAAGACAGAUGUGCAUGAGACACAGAGCAGGACUAAACGCAGACCUAUCGUGAAAACGGGCAAGUUUAAAAAAAUGUUUGGCUGGGGCGACUUCAACUCCAACAUCAAGACUGUGAAAUUGAAUCUACUCAUUACAGGGAAGAUAGUGGACCAUGGAAAUGGCACGUUUAGUGUUUAUUUCCGACACAAUUCCACAGGCAUGGGGAAUGUGUCCGUCAGUCUAGUGCCGCCCUCUAAGGUGGUGGAGUUUGAGAUGGCUCAGCAGUCUACCCUGGAGACUAAAGACUCUAAAUCUUUCAACUGCCGUAUCGAGUAUCAGAAAACGGACCGCAGCAAAAAGACUUCACAUUGCAGCUUUGACCCAUCCAAUGUGUGUUACCAAGAGUCGACCCAGAGUCACGUCUCCUGGCUCUGCUCGAAGCCCUUCAAAGUCAUAUGUAUCUACAUUGCAUUCUACAGCAUUGACUAUAAAUUGGUGCAGAAAAUCUGCCCAGAUUACAAUUAUCACAGUGACACACCAUACACUUCCACGGGUUAAGGUCCAGUCAAGCCAAGUUUGGAUCCUCUACAGUAAUAUUCUAUAGAAUUUAAACAGCAUGGUCAACCCCAUUGGCACCUUGCGACAUCUAAACUUAUUUUCACCAUGUGUUCCAUCUGAUUUUGAAGCAAUUAUAAUAAAUCCAGAUGUUUUGCAUUAGGCUAAAAUACUUGCAUGUUUUUCAACAUCUGCCUUUUCGUGAAAAAGCAGUCACAAUGUUAUGAUGGCAAAAUAGUUUCUGGUUAACCCUUUAGUUACCAUUGAAAAUACAGUGCAGCUUUUACAUGAUUAUAAAUCACAGUUCAAGAGUCACAAUUUGCACAUUUCCUCCCUAACAAUUGAUCUUGCAUUGAUAACCAACAUAUUACUAAUUUCCAAUUGUAACAUAUACUUAAUUUGUUAUGUAGCAUGUCAUGAAUUUUCAGGCUAAAAAACAGGGUCAAAAUUACCCUCAGCAGCACGGAAAAUUUACUGAUUACUUCUAACUUUCUAAACAGAAGCAAAUAGUAAUAGUAGAAUAGUAUUUUUUUUAAAUGAUGUACACGCUCAUGCAAUGAGAUGGAGAUGCCAUGUUGAGAUCACAUGACCAGCCAAAUAUUACCUCGAUAAUUAUUAUAUCGAUAAUCCCCUGAAAAUUGGAUGCUUUCACUCAUGGAAUAAAUUAAUCAUUUUUGAUGCACCUUUUUGCAAUGACAACUUAGAACUUUGUUUUAGCAUGAUGCUGCAUCUACACCGCCAUGUGUCAGCACAAUUUUACCAUGUGCAUAUUUAAACUUAACACAUUCCAACCCCAUUCCCUGUUCAUAACAAUUUCCAGUUGCCGCUGAGAUUGGGCUGUGGAGAAUUUUUUGAAAACACUAUCUCUUGCUGUAAAAAUAAUAAAUCACACACCUACAUAGGAUAAAAUAUAUAUGUGAAACACCUGUUUUCAAUGUGAGGUUUAUGUGUGUGUUAGUAUGUUUGUGUGUGUUUUAUUGGCCUUUUGUUGCACUAUUGUUUAGCACUAAAUUGUGGAAACUAUUUUAAUGUGGAGAGCGUACGCAGUUGUCAAGAUUAGCACAAUCGGGUGAAAUCAUUCAGCAAAGACAUCACAUACAAAUUACCCUUAGUCAUUUCGCAUUUCACAAAAGCUCUGUGUAUAAAUUUAGAUUUGUGUAUAAUUUCAAAGAGUAAUUUGUGAUGUCUCAAGAGAGCACAAUUCAUUGGACAGGUGGAUUUAGUGAAACUGGCAGCCGGUUAACAACCCUUUGUCAUGGUCCUGCCACAGUGAUCCACAUUUCCAGUCUCUAAUUAACAUUAAUUAUAGUGGGAAAUUUCACUUAAAAACCAUGGCAGAGGGGACUGAAGCCAAAAACUGAAAUUUAGCACGUCAGUCAUGUAGCAAACCUCUGUUCACACCAAUGACUUUGGACUGGAAUCAAACUCUUUUCUGUGCUAUUAAGAGAUAAUGGUCCUCUACUCGAGAAGGGAAGAUGUGUCGGAAUAUAAACAAAAUUGUUUUUUUUUUUUUUCCUUGUUGCAUGGUUUCCAAUUUAUGCAAGUGCAAAUGAGGUGGAAAUAUUGAGGAUAAUUUAAUAUAUUAUUUAAGUCUACCUUGUACUGAUUGUUUUUCUAUAUAUAUAUUUAAAACAGUAUGUAGAGAUCAAAGGAAUAAAUGUUUUGUGUCAUUUUUGUUUACAUUCUAGUCUAAAUGUCAGUGUGACAAUGAACCACUCGAAAUGCCACAGUCUAAUAAUCAGAACUGGAGUUCUCAGGUUCCAUGUGUGUAUGCCAAAAACAUUAUGGCAAUUUAUUUCAUUCCUCCCUUAUCAGGGGCUUCUGAUCUGGAUCACAGUAAUGCUCAAAGUGAAGAAUCAGAUGGAUAAUUAAUUGUACUGAUAUGACUCAAGAAAAUGUUGAUAUAAAGAUAGCUGUUUAUAAUUGUAUUUGGUUUAUAAUCCAGUGUGCAAUUCUGUGAAUAGUGUAUAAAUGUGACUAUAUAAAAUCGUGUGUAUUUUGCCUUUCAAGGAUAUAUUUGUUUCUUUUAUCACUCAAUCUUUUCCUACUUUUCGUGUUGGACAGGUAUAUCAAA